UUUAACGUAUUUAGUCUGCGACAAACGUCACACUACAAAAGUACACCACAGACCGACGAGGAAAACUCUGCAUAACGAAUCGUUUCACCUCCAUACAGAAGAACUUUAAGCUUUCAUAAGACAUAUUUUGUUUUGUGUCUAAUCGACAGGAGUUUUGAUCCUCGAGAUGUCUCUGGCGGACGAGCUCCUGGCAGACCUGGAAGAGGCUGGAGAUGAGGGGGAGGAUGGGCUGUAUCCAGAGGGAGAGGAGGGGGAGAGUGAUGGAGAGGCAACUGUGGGAAGGACAGAAGGAGGGCUGGAAGACAUUCCAGAGGAGAUGGAGGUGGACUACAGUAAAGCUGAGAGUGUUACGUCCAUCGCCAAGCUCCGCAAUAGCAAACAGUUUUCAGAGAUCAUUGACAAAAUUUCAGGAUAUAUUGGAAAGCAGCGUAAGAACUCAGAGGUCUCAGGUCCAGUUGAAGCUGAUCCAGAAUACAGACUGAUCGUAGCAGCCAAUAACCUCACAGUAGAGAUCGACAAUGAGCUCAAUAUCAUUCACAAGUUUACCAGGGAUAAAUAUUCCAAGAGGUUUCCAGAGCUCGAGUCGCUGGUUCCUGAUUCUUUAGAUUACAUUCGCACAGUCAAGGAACUGGGGAACAAUCUGGAGAAAUGCAAGAACAAUGAAACUCUGCAGCAAAUCCUCACCAACGCCACUAUUAUGGUUGUCAGCGUCACAGCCUCAACCACACAGGGGUCAAUGCUAAGUGAAGAUGAACUGAAGCAACUGGAGGAGGCGUGUGAUAUGGCCCUGGAGCUGAACCAGUCUAAACACAGGAUAUAUGAAUACGUAGAGUCCAGAAUGUCAUUCAUUGCCCCAAAUCUGUCCAUCAUUGUCGGAGCGUCAACAGCUGCAAAGAUCAUGGGUAUCGCUGGCGGCCUCACUAAUCUCUCAAAGAUGCCGGCCUGUAACCUGAUGCUGCUGGGAGCUCAGAGGAGAACCCUGUCCGGUUUCAGCAGCACGUCGCUGCUUCCCCACACGGGCUUCAUCUACCACUGUGAUGUGGUGCAGUCACUACCACCUGACCUCAGGAGGAAAGCAGCCCGUCUGGUGGCUGCGAAGUGCACGCUGGCUGCCCGAGUGGACAGCUUCCAUGAGAGUUCAGAUGGCAAGGUUGGCUACGAUCUAAAAGAAGAGAUAGAGAGGAAGUUUGAUAAAUGGCAGGAGCCUCCACCAGUGAAGCAGGUCAAACCGCUGCCAGCCCCACUGGAUGGACAGAGGAAGAAGAGAGGAGGAAGGAGGUAUCGAAAGAUGAAGGAGCGUCUUGGGCUGACGGAGAUCAGGAAACACGCCAAUAGGAUGACCUUUGCAGAGAUUGAAGAUGAUGCGUAUCAAGAGGAUCUGGGCUUCAGUCUGGGUCAGCUGGGGAAGAGCGGCAGCGGGCGCGUCAGGCAGGCUCAGGUCAACGAGGCCACCAAGGCCAGAAUCUCCAAAUCCCUCCAGAGGACGUUGCAGAAGCAGAGCAUGACAUACGGAGGAAAGUCGACAGUCAGAGAUCGCUCUUCAGGAACCAGCUCCAGUGUCGCGUUCACUCCUCUGCAGGGGCUGGAGAUCGUGAACCCACAGGCUGCAGAGAAGAAGGUGGCUGAAGCCAACCAGAAAUAUUUCUCUAAUAUGGCAGAGUUCCUCAAAGUCAAGAAGGAAGCUAAGAUGUGAAACACACACACACACACACACACACACACAAACUCACUAACUCACAGACUCGGUCAUCCCGCACGAGGACAGUUGCACUCAACACUGCAAAGUGAUAGUAUAUUUUUCAAAUUCGUCUGACGUUGUGCUUUGUCCUGUAUUUAGUUUUUACUUUUUGGUUUUUGGUUUUUACAUUUAAAUAAAAUAUGUGAACAUUUCA